AUGUCGCAGGACCCGAGAGACCGCCCGAGCGGGCCGCCGUAUUUACACCCGGGAAUGAUGGGGAUGCCGUUCCCGGUCGGGGCGCCGGCGAUGACCCCGGAGCAGUUUCAGGAGCAGUACGGGGCGACGUUGAGGAGACAUCAGGCGCAAAUUGCGCACGCGGUGGCGAUGAACGCGGCGGCGAGCGCGAAUCCGGCGUACGCGGCGCAGCAGGCAAAGUUGAGGGAAUUUUGGCGGGAACAGAUGAUGGAGAUCCAGGCGACGCACGACUUCAAGAAUCAUCUCCUGCCGCUGGCGAGGAUCAAGAAGAUCAUGAAGAGCGACGAGGACGUGCGAAUGAUUUCGAGCGAGGCGCCGGUUCUGUUCGCCAAGGCGUGUGAGAUGUUCGUCUUGGAGCUCACCAUGCGUGCCUGGGCGCACGCGCAAGAGAAUAAAAGGAGGACUUUACAGCGCGGGGAUAUCGCGGCCGCGAUCACGAAGACGGACAUCUUCGAUUUCUUGAUCGACAUCGUGCCCAGGGACGAAGCCGGUGAGGGCGGCGGCGACGACGGCGAGAACGAGGGUCCGUCUGCGCCACAGUUGGGCGCGUUGCCAAUUUUCCCACCUCAACAGCUCGUGUCGUCCAUACCGGGCGUUCCCGGGACAUCCGCGCGUCCUGGAUACGCCUUCGAUUUUCCCCCGCCCGAGACGGUCGAAGCCGCUCCGAGCGACUCGGCGCCUCCAUCGUCCGUCACGAACGACGAGUCCUAA